AUGAUUGAUCACCAACGCGCAGAGGAAAUGCAAGUUAAUAACGAGGCAUCUCCAGGGUGUCUCAAGCCAAAUAUUUCUCAGUAUAACCCUCAAGAACAUAGAGGUGGCAUUGAAGGAUUUCCUGAGAAUAAUGAAAAAAAGAAUGAUAGUAUUGCAGAAGAUAAAGUAUGGGGGGCAUCUCCUCUCCCAAAUCAAGGAUUUGGCAGACCCUUCUACCGCCAGGAAUUUUAUGCCUGGCCGCAUGUUUAUUCUGAUUACCAAAUCCUGCGGCAGCCACAACCUUAUGGAUUUGACAAUCAGUUUUAUCAGAUAAAUAGGGAUACCUGUUUCCCCAUUGAGAGAAGAGUUCAGUUCCCCUUGAAGAUGCUCCCUCAAGGUUACCCUCAUGAUGCACAACUUCAGGAAUUUCAAUAUUUUGUGGUUAUUGACUUUGAAGCAACCUGUGACAAGGAGAAUAAUCCACAUCCACAAGAGAUCAUUGAGUUUCCAUCUGUCUUGGUUAACAGUGCAACGGGACAAUUAGAAGCUUCCUUUCAAACAUAUGUUCGACCAGCAUAUCAUCAAAAUUUGACUGACUUCUGCAAGGAGCUUACCGGUAUACAACAGAUUCAGGUGGACAGAGGUGUACCUCUAAGUGAAGCCUUGCUCAUGCAUGAUAAAUGGUUAGAGGACAAAGGAAUAAAGCACAAGAACUUCGCUGUUGUGACCUGGUCCAACUGGGAUUGCCGUGUGAUGCUGGAAUCAGAAUGCAGGUUCAAGAGAAUCAGGAAGCCCCCUUAUUUCGACAGGUGGAUCAACUUGAAGGUCCCUUUCCAAGAAGUCUAUGGGGGUGUUCGGUGCAACUUGAAGGAUGCAGUUCAGUUGGCUGGUCUGACGUGGGAGGGUCGUGCCCACUGUGGGCUUGACGACGCUCGCAAUACUGCUCGCCUCCUUGCGCUGUUGAUGCACAGGGGAUUCAAGUUCUCCAUCACCAACUCGCUUGUGUGGCAGCAACCUUCCCCGCUGGCAAUAACGUGCCAGCCAUCCCCAUCCCCUGACCGUUCUCCAGACCUCACCCUGUUGCAGCAGCACAAGGCAAAGGAGAUGUUGGGACCUCAUCUCCAUGCUCACCCAUAUGCCGGCAAGGCCGCUGGACAGGUUUGCUUCUGUGGAGCGCCGAGCAGGCCGAACACUGUACGCAAACCGGGUCCGAUGCAGGGAAGGCAUUUCUAUGGAUGCGGCAACUGGACCGUCACGAGGCGGGCCAUAUGCACGUUCUUUGCAUGGGCGUCGUGA